AGUCCGUAGUAGGGAUGACUUCGUUGUCGCUGCCACGGUGGGAGCCCGAGUCGCUCGAGGGCGGCGCCAUGGUGGAGCUGUCGCACGGGUCGACCUGGUACCGUACUUCCGGCCACCCGCUCGCCUCGGCAGACUCGAUCGUCAUCUUCUUCCAUGGCGUCUCGUGGUUCUCGUUCUCGUUCGACGGCCUCGCCCCUGUGGCUGCCGACCUUGUCCCGGGCGCCACUGUGGUGGUGUUUGAUGGUUAUGGCCGUGGUCGCUCUGCCACGCCGGACGACGUCAACUACACACCCGAGCUGUUUGCAGACCAGGCCCGCGAGCUGCUCGAGGCUAUCGGCGCCUGGGGAAAACCGGUGCAUGUCAUCGGCCACUCUCUCGGCGGUGGCAACGCCGCGCACUUUGCUGCUGCGCACACCGACGUCGUCGCCUCGGUCGUCCUGCUCACCCCUGCAGGCGUCGCCACGAACAUCCCGUUCCUCGGCAAGCUGCUCACACUACCGUUCCUCGGCUGGGCCGUCAUGUCGCUCGCCGGCCGCGCCCUCCUCCUCGACAACCUGCACAAGAAGCGCUGCAGAGACGAUUUUAACGCUGCCGAUGACAUGCCCGAGCUCAUCGACGCCAUCGUCGAGCGCAUGGAGUGGUGCAUCGCCGAGAAGCCCGGCUGGGUCAUGGCCUUCCACAACACCAUGUGUCACUACCCGAUGUCCGGCGCAGCAGCCCCGUACCGUGCUCUCCAAGCUGCAGGUAUCAAGACCACCGUCGUUCUCGCCGGCGCAGACUACGUCAUGGACAUCCCCGAGUGCCAGCGCCUCAUCGUCUCUUGGGCCCCAUCCGCGGCUGUCGUCGUACUCGACGGCGCGUCACACUCGAUCCACAUGGAGGACGAGGAUCGCGUCGUCGCCGUCCUUCGCGACCACUUUGCCUAACGCCGUCUGGUACAUCGCAUCACAGCACAUGAGUAGUUCGUCACACCAAGGGCAGGAAGUGGGGGAGGAGGGGGGAGAUAAUGCAAAGUGUUGCCUCGGACUCUAUCGCUGCUACGUCUUUUUCGCAAACAACGUCAAACUUAAAACCGGGCAAAUCAA